AUGUCGGACAAAAUGUCUAGUUUCCUCCAUAUCGGGGACAUAUGUUCCCUGUACGCAGAGGGAUCAACUAACGGAUUUAUAAGCACUUUAGGCCUGGUGGAUGACCGCUGUGUCGUGCAGCCGGAUACUGGGGACCUCAAUAACCCUCCCAAGAAGUUUAGAGACUGUCUGUUCAAGCUGUGUCCUAUGAAUAGAUACUCAGCUCAGAAGCAGUUCUGGAAAGCAGCUAAACCUGGAGGGAAUAGCACAACAGAUACAGUUCUCCUCAACAAACUGCAUCACGCUGCUGAUCUGGAAAAGAAACAGAAUGAGUCAGAAAACCGAAAGCUGCUUGGAACGGUCAUCCAAUACGGGAACGUCAUCCAGCUGUUGCACUUGAAAAGCAAUAAGUACCUGACUGUGAAUAAGCGUCUACCUGCUCUGCUGGAGAAGAAUGCCAUGCGUGUAACGUUGGAUUCGGCUGGGAACGAGGGCUCCUGGUUCUACAUACAACCUUUCUACAAGCUCCGCUCCAUAGGAGACAGUGUGGUGAUCGGGGACAAGGUGGUCUUGAACCCUGUUAAUGCAGGUCAGCCGCUUCAUGCUAGCAGCCAUCAGCUGGUGGAUAACCCUGGAUGCAACGAGGUGAACUCCGUGAACUGCAACACCAGUUGGAAAAUAGUUCUGUUUAUGAAAUGGAGUGACAACAAGGAAGCCAUACUGAAAGGGGGAGACGUAGUCAGGUUGUUCCAUGCCGAACAAGAGAAAUUUCUGACCUGUGACGAGCACAAAAAGAAACAGUACGUCUUCCUCCGGACCACGGGACGUCAGUCCGCCACCUCUGCCACCAGUAGCAAAGCAUUGUGGGAAGUGGAGGUGGUUCAACAUGACCCUUGUAGAGGAGGCGCAGGCUACUGGAACAGCCUGUUCAGGUUUAAGCAUCUGGCUACUGGCCAUUACCUGGCGGCUGAGGUCAACCCAGACUACGAAGAAGAAUGCCAAGAAUCUCGUUCCUCACUGGAUUUAGAGCACGAGGCCUUACGUGCACGACUACGUGCCCCCAAUGAGAAAGUCAUGUACACCCUCGUUUCGGUUCCUGAUGGCAACGACAUCUCCUCCAUCUUCGAAUUGGACCCUACCACUCUCAGAGGGGGAGACUCUCUUGUGCCCAGGAACUCCUAUGUGAGACUUAGGCAUCUGUGUACCAACACAUGGGUCCACAGUACCAACAACCCCAUCGACAAGGAGGAAGAAAAACCAGUCAUGCUUAGGAUUGGCACAUCUGCAGUCAAAGAAGAUAAAGAGGCCUUUGCCAUAGUGCCAGUCCCUCCAGCAGAAGUGCGAGACUUAGACUUUGCCAACGACGCCAGUAAAGUAUUGGCCUCCAUUGCAGGCAAAUUGGAGAAGGGCACCAUUACCCAGAAUGAGAGGAGAUUUGUCACCAAGCUGCUGGAGGAUCUAGUGUUCUUCGUGGUAGACAUCCCUAAUAGUGGUCAGGAUGUGUUGGAGAUUAUGGUCAACAAACCAAAUCGUGAGAGGCAGAAACUGAUGAGGGAACAGAACAUCCUCAAACAGAUUUUCAAGCUGCUGCAGGCACCUUUCACUGACAGUGGCGACGGUCCCAUGUUGCGAUUGGAGGAGCUGGGCGAUCAGAGACACGCCCCCUUCAGGCACAUCUGCAGACUGUGCUAUCGAGUGUUGCGCCACUCUCAACAGGACUACAGGAAGAACCAGGAAUACAUAGCCAAGCAGUUUCGCUUUAUGCAGAAACAGAUUGGGUAUGACGUCCUCGCAGAGGACACCAUCACUGCCCUUCUGCACAACAAUCGAAAGCUCUUAGAGAAGCACAUCACUGCCGCUGAGAUUGACACCUUCGUCAGCCUCGUGAGGAAGAAUCGGGAACCCAGGUUUCUGGAUUAUCUGUCAGAUCUGUGUGUGUCUAUGAAUAAGUCCAUUCCUGUGACACAGGAGCUCAUUUGUAAUGCUGUGCUGGACCCCGCCAAUGCUGACAUCCUAAUAGAAACAAAGCUAGUGCUGUCACGCUUUGAGAUUGAAGCAGUGACCAUUGGAGAGGCUCCCGUGGAGUCUGAAGAGGAUGAGGAGGAGGUGUGGCUCUUCUGGAAGGACAGCUGCAAGGAGAUCCGCAGCAAGAGCAUCCGCGAGCUGGCCCAGGAUGCCAAAGAGGGCCAGAAGGAGGACCAAGAGGUCAUUAGCUACUACAGGUAUCAGCUGAAUCUGUUUGCCCGGAUGUGUCUGGACCGGCAGUACCUGGCCAUCAAUAAGAUCUCGGGACAGUUGGAUGUGGACCUUAUCUUGCGCUGCAUGUCAGACGAGGACCUGCCUUAUGACCUCAGAGCCUCCUUCUGCCGUCUGAUGCUCCACAUGCACGUGGACCGUGACCCCCAGGAGCAGGUCACGCCAGUGAAGUAUGCCCGACUGUGGUCUGAGAUCCCCUCCAAGAUUGCUAUAGAUGACUAUGACAGUGAUGGCACGACUAGAGACGAGAUUAAAGAACGCUUUGCUCUCACUAUGGACUUUGUGGAGAACUACUUGAGAGAUGUGGUCUCCCAAAAUGUGCCCUUCUCUGAUAAAGAGAAAAACAAACUCACCUUUGAGGUUGUGAACUUGGCAAGAAAUCUCAUUUACUUUGGGUUCUACAACUUUAAUGACUUAUUGCGGUUGACUAAGAUCCUUUUGGCCAUUUUGGACUGUGUUCAUGUCAGUACCAUAUAUCCUAUCAACAAAAUGGAGAAGGGUGAUGAGAGCAAAGGGAGCAAUGUCAUGAGGUCGAUCCAUGGUGUGGGGGAGCUGAUGACGCAGGUGGUUUUGAGGGGAGGUGGGUUUCUACCCACAACCCCUACUAGCCCCCCAGAUGGAGAUGUGGUCAAAACCCAGACUGAACCUGAGAAAGAGGAUAUCCUUGUGAUGGACACAAAACUCAAGAUCAUUGAGAUCCUUCAGUUUAUCCUAAACGUCAGGCUGGACUACAGGAUCUCCUGCCUUUUGUGCAUCUUCAAGAAGGAGUUUGACGAAAGCAACACUCAGACCGACAUACCUUCGACCAAUCAGGAUGGGCUUAAUAACAUACCAGGAGCUCUGGACUUUGAGAAAAUUGAGGAGCAGGCUGAAGGAAUUUUUGGUGGCAGUGAGGAGAACACACCCUUGGACUUGGAUGACCAUGGAGGGAGAACCUUUUUGAGGGUUCUUCUCCACCUCACCAUGCAUGACUACCCUCCUCUGGUUUCUGGAGCUCUUCACUUGCUCUUCAGGCAUUUUAGCCAAAGACAGGAAGUUCUGAUGGCAUUCAAACAGGUCCAGCUCUUGGUGACCAGCCAAGAUGUAGACAAUUACAAACAGAUCAAGUCUGACCUGGACCAGCUGCGCUCCAUUGUGGAGAAGUCGGAGCUAUGGGUGUACAAACGGCAAGGGGACGAGGGAAUGGAUGGAGGAGAUGGUUUGCCUUCAGAGUCGGAUCACAAGAAAAAGGGCGAUUCAAGUUCUUCUGAGAAAAAGAAGCCCGAGAGCACCAGCAGUUACAAUUACAGGGUCGUUAAGGAGAUCCUGCUGCGGCUCAGUAAACUGUGUGUCCAAGAGGGAGCGUCGGGUAAGAAGAGCAGGAAACAGCAACAGCGUCUGCUCAGAAACAUGGGGGCUCAUACUGUGGUCCUGGAGCUGCUACAGAUUCCUUAUGAGAAGGGGGAAGAUGUUCGCAUGCAGGAGAUCAUGAAAUUAGCCCAUGAGUUUCUCCAGAACUUCUGUGCAGGGAACCAACAGAACCAGGCCCUUCUCCACAAGCACAUCAACCUCUUUCUCAACCCAGGGAUUCUGGAGGCCAUCACCAUGCAACACAUUUUCAUGAAUAACUUCCAGCUGUGCAGUGAGAUCAACGAGAGGGUGGUUCAACACUUUGUCCACUGUAUCGAGACGCACGGCCGUCACGUUCAAUACCUGAAGUUCCUUCAGACCAUCGUCAAGGCUGAGAACAAGUUCAUCAAGAAGUGCCAGGAUAUUGUCAUGGCAGAGUUGGUGAAUUCUGGGGAGGAUGUGCUGGUCUUCUACAAUGACAGGGCUUCCUUCCAAACACUGGUGCAAAUGAUGCGAUCGGAGAGGGACCGUAUGGAUGAAAACAGCCAGCUGAUGUACCACAUCCACCUGGUGGAGCUGCUAGCUGUUUGCACUGAGGGCAAGAACGUAUACACUGAGAUCAAGUGUAACUCACUCCUACCACUGGAUGAUAUUGUUCGCGUGGUCACACAUGAAGACUGCAUCCCUGAGGUGAAAAUUGCCUACAUUAACUUUCUGAACCAUUGUUACGUGGACACCGAGGUUGAGAUGAAGGAGAUCUACACUAGCAAUCACAUGUGGAAACUCUUUGAGAACUUCCUGGUUGAUAUAUGCAGGGUGUGCAACAACACAAGUGACCGCAAACAUGCCGACACCACGUUGGAACGUUACGUGACAGAGACCGUCAUGAGCAUAGUCACUACAUUCUUCAGUUCACCCUUCUCAGACCAAAGCACCAGUCUGCAGACGCGUCAGCCAGUGUUUGUCCAGCUCCUGCAGGGGGUCUUCAGAGUCUAUCACUGUAAUUGGCUCCUGCCUGCCCAGAAGGCCUCAGUGGAGAGCUGUAUCAAAGUGCUCUCUGACGUGGCCAAGAGCAGAGCCAUUGCCAUCCCAGUGGAUCUGGACAGUCAAGUAAACAACCUCUUCGUCAAGUCCAAUACCGUAGUUCAGAAGACCAUCAUGAACUGGAGACUGUCCGCCCGUAACGCGUCAAGACGAGAUUCUACGCUGACAACCUCUAAAGACUAUAGGAACAUCAUAGAGAGGCUACAGGACAUUGUGUCUGCUCUGGAGGAUCGCUUACGGCCGUUAGUGCAGGCUGAACUCUCAGUCCUGGUGGACGUGCUUCACCGUCCUGAAUUGCUCUUUCCUGAGAACACAGACGCACGAAGGAAGUGUGAGAGUGGAGGCUUCAUUUCCAAGUUGAUUAAGCACACUAAACAGCUGUUGGAGGAGAAUGAGGAGCGUUUGUGUAUUAAAGUGCUUCAGACACUCAGAGAAAUGAUGACCAAAGACCGUGGCUAUGGGGAGAAGGGUGAAGCUCUGAGACAGAUUCUGGUGAACCGUUACUAUGGCAACUUUAAGCCCAGUGGCCGAAGAGACAGCCUCACGAGCUUCAGCAAUGGCCCCCUCAGCCCUGGAGGUCAGGCCAAAACUCCAACAGGUGGGGGGUCAACCCCGGUGGGCAGUCGAGGGGAGAUGACCCUGGCAGAAGUGCAAUGCCACCUGGAUAAGGAAGGAGCGUCGGAUCUCGUCAUUGACCUCAUAAUGAACGCCACGAGUGACCGCAUCUUCCAGGAGAGCAUCCUAUUGGCUAUCGCCUUGCUGGAGGGCGGGAACCCCGUCAUUCAGCGUUCGUUCUUCUGUCGACUGACCGGCGAUAAUAAAUCGGAGAAGUUCUUCAAAGUGUUUUAUGAGAGGAUGAAACUGGCCCAGCAGGAGAUCAAGGCCACGGUGACAGUGAACACCAGCGACCUGGGCAGUAAGAGAAAAGAUGAAGAACCCUCAGAGAAAGAUGCCCCUGCCCGCAAGAAAGUGAAGGAUGUAGCUGCAGUGGUGACCGAAGAGGUACGGGAGCAGCUUCUAGAAGCUUCCACUGCUACCAAGAAAGCCUUCAGCACCUACCGGCGGGAGGCGGAAGCGGACGAGCACCUGAGCUCGGGCGAAGGGCAGGCCAGCACGGGCGACAAGGGCCAAGACGACGGCGAAAUGAGUGUCAUCAUCACUAUUAUGCAGCCAAUCCUGCGUCUGAUGCAACUACUGUGCGAGAACCACAAUCGAGAACUGCAGAACUUCCUGCGUUGUCAGAACAAUAAGAACAACUAUAACCUGGUAUGCGAGACGCUGCAGUUUCUGGACUGCAUCUGUGGCAGCACCACUGGAGGCUUGGGUCUACUGGGCCUCUACAUUAACGAGAAGAACGUGGCGCUCAUCAACCAAACUGUUGAGAGCCUCACGGAGUAUUGUCAAGGGCCUUGCCACGAGAACCAGAACUGCAUUGCCACCCAUGAAUGUAAUGGCAUAGACAUCAUCAUAGCGCUGAUACUGAAUGAUAUUAACCCGCUGGGGAAGAAAAGGAUGGACCUGGUGUUGGAGCUGAAGAAUAAUGCAUCUAAACUGCUGCUGGCUAUCAUGGAAAGUCGUCACGACAGCGAAAAUGCUGAGAGAAUCCUCUAUAACAUGAGACCCAAAGAGCUGGUGGAGGUCAUUAAGAAGGCCUACAUGCAAGGAGAGAUUGAAGUGGAGCAGCCGGAGGAAGACAAAGAGGGUGAGGAAGAGCACGCUGCCUCUCCCCGAAAUGUCGGCCAUAACAUCUACAUCCUGGCACAUCAGCUGGCCAGACACAACAAAGAGCUGCAGGCCAUGCUGAAACCGGGAGGUACCUACGGUGAAGGGGAUGAGGCCUUGGAGUUCUACGCCAAACACACGGCUCAAAUCGAGAUUGUGCGGCUGGAUCGCACCAUGGAGCAGAUCGUCUUUCCGGUGCCAAACAUCUGCGAGUUCCUCACCCAGGAAUCCAAGCUGCGAGUGUACUACACGACAGAACGCGACGAACAAGGGAGCAAGAUAAACGAUUUUUUCCUGCGUUCCGAGGACCUUUUCAACGAGAUGAACUGGCAGAAGAAGCUGAGAGCCCAGCCUAUCCUGUACUGGUGCUCUCGUAACAUGUCCUUCUGGAGCAGUAUUUCCUUCAACCUGGCUGUGCUCAUGAACCUGCUAGUCGCCUUCUUCUACCCUCUAGAAGGGGUCCGUGGAGGGACCUUGGAGCCGCAUCUCUCUGCCUUAUUAUGGGCAGCAAUGCUGGUUUCCCUCGCCAUCGUCAUCGUGCUACCGCAACCGCAUGGGAUUCGAGCUCUCAUCGCUUCAACCAUCCUGCGUCUCAUCUUCUCCGUGGGCCUGGAACCUACGCUGUUCCUGCUGGGAGCCUUUAACGUCUGCAAUAAAGUGAUAUUCUUGAUGAGUUUUGUCGGCAACCGAGGAACUUUUACGAGAGGCUACAAGGCCAUGAUCAUGGAUGUUGAAUUCCUCUAUCAUCUACUUUACCUGAUCAUCUGCACCCUUGGGGUUUUCGUCCAUGUCUUCUUCUACAGCCUGCUGCUUUUUGACCUGAUUUAUCGAGAGGAGACGCUGCUGAAUGUGAUUAAAAGCGUGACCAGAAAUGGUCGCUCCAUUGUUUUGACCGCCGUGCUGGCACUCAUUUUGGUCUACCUCUUCUCUAUUGUCGGCUACAUCUUCUUCAAGGAUGACUUCAUCCUGGCUGUGGACAGAAUACCCAAUAAAACUUCUCCACCAGAGAGUUCAGGCAGUGUGAUGGGUGAGUUCCUGGCGGGUGGGGUGUGUCGAAAGGACGCCACGGAGAACUGCUCCGGCGAGGCGGUGACGGAUGCCGUUGCUACGCAGCCGUCAGCGGUGGUCAUCGAGGACAAGGAGCGGACAUGUGACUCCUUACUAAUGUGUAUUGUCACUGUGUUGAGUCACGGGCUGCGGAGCGGUGGAGGAGUGGGAGACGUCCUUCGCAAGCCCUCCAAGGAGGAGCCUCUGUUUGCUGCUAGAGUUAUCUACGACCUGCUCUUCUUCUUCAUGGUCAUCAUUAUCGUCCUCAAUCUGAUCUUUGGUGUCAUCAUUGAUACCUUUGCUGACCUGAGGAGUGAAAAACAGAAGAAAGAGGAGGUCCUAAAAACCACCUGCUUCAUCUGUGGUUUGGAGAGGGACAAAUUCGACAAUAAAACGGUAACGUUCGAAGAGCACAUUAAGGUGGAACACAACAUGUGGCAUUACCUUUUCUUUAUCGUGCUGGUGAAAGUGAAGGAUUCGACCGAAUACACAGGACCCGAGAGCUACGUUGCAGAAAUGAUCAGGGAACACAACUUGGACUGGUUUCCACGGAUGCGGGCGAUGUCUUUAGUGAGCAGUGAUGCAGAGGGGGAACAGAAUGAGAUAAGAAACCUGCAGGAGAAACUGGAGUCCACCAUGAAACUGGUGUCCAACCUCUCAGGCCAGUUGACCGAGUUGAAGGAACAGAUGACGGAGCAGAGGAAACAGAAACAGAGGAUUGGACUCCUGGGACAUCCACAGCAUAUGAAUGUCAACCCUCAGCAGCCUGCCUGAGCCACACCCACCCGCUUCGUAUUCAUCUGUGGAUGAAAUCCAGCACAACUGUCAUCUUUACAUAGAGCUCCCACAUACUAACAACAGAAUGUGUAGCGUACCAAUAGAAAUACUAAUCGCCACUUCCUGUCAUGUAUGAAGUAUAG